CUACAUCCCCCGCCCGGCCGAGGGGGCUCAGUCCGCAGUCGUCGCUGUCGCCGCCACGCUUCGGCCUCGGAGCUGGUAGCGGCCACCGGUGCCGCCUAGACAGCUGCGUGGAAUCUUGAAGGUGUACAUUUCCCGAAGAAUCUGAGACUGGAGCCAGGCAGUGGUGGCGCGUGCCUUUAUUCCCAGCAUUUGGGAGGCAGAGGCAGGUGGAUCUCUGUGAGUUCAAGGCAACCAGUAGCUGUGCCCAGCCCUUCCAGAACACAUCCUGUGUGAGGUCCCUCCAGCUAUAAGGUGGGCACCAUGUCUGAGAAGUUCGACUGUCACUACUGUAGGGACCCCUUGCAGGGGAAGAAGUAUGUGCAGAAGGAUGGCCACCACUGCUGCCUGAAGUGCUUCGACAAGUUCUGCGCCAACACCUGCGUGGAAUGCCGCAAGCCCAUAAGCGCGGAUGCCAAGGAGGUGCACUAUAAGAAUCGCUACUGGCAUGACACCUGCUUCCGUUGUGCCAAGUGCCUUCACCCCUUGGCCAGCGAGACCUUUGUGUCCAAGGAUGGCAAGAUCCUGUGCAACAAGUGCGCCACUCGGGAGGACUCCCCCAGGUGCAAAGGGUGCUUCAAGGCCAUUGUGGCAGGAGACCAGAACGUGGAAUACAAGGGCACCAUCUGGCAUAAAGACUGCUUCACCUGCAGCAACUGCAAGCAAGUCAUUGGGACCGGAAGCUUCUUCCCUAAAGGGGAGGACUUCUACUGUGUGACUUGCCAUGAGACCAAGUUUGCCAAGCACUGCGUGAAGUGCAACAAGGCCAUCACAUCUGGAGGAAUCACUUACCAGGAUCAGCCCUGGCAUGCCGAGUGCUUUGUGUGUGUUACCUGCUCUAAGAAGCUGGCUGGGCAGCGUUUCACCGCUGUGGAGGACCAGUAUUACUGCGUGGAUUGCUACAAGAACUUUGUGGCCAAGAAGUGUGCUGGAUGCAAGAACCCCAUCACUGGGUUUGGUAAAGGCUCCAGUGUGGUGGCCUAUGAAGGACAAUCCUGGCACGACUACUGCUUCCACUGCAAAAAAUGCUCCGUGAAUCUGGCCAACAAGCGCUUUGUGUUUCAUAAUGAGCAGGUGUAUUGCCCCGACUGUGCCAAAAAGCUGUAACUUGACAGGGGCUCCUGUCCUGUAAAAUGGUAUUUGAACCAUGCUUUGUGUCCUUGGCUCACUCGCUCUGUUACCAUCCGUAGAGGAAGAGUGGGUUUCCACCUUCAAAGUUGCUCCUUCUGUCCUUUCUCCCAUUUUACAGUAUUACUCAACCAAGGGCACACAGUGAUCAUAUUAGGAUUUAGCAAAGAGCAACCUUGCAGCAAAAAUAAUUUCUCUGUUGCUGCAAUGGCAAAAACAAAAACUUAGAUGGACUCUUCUGCAUGUUUCUCAUAGAGCAGAACAGUGCUAACCAUGUAGCCACUUGAUGAUGUAAACAAGAAGCAUAGGUGAUAAGGCUCCCACUGAGAUGCCUUCCAGGGCUCAUCUGGGCCCACUAUGCUGUCACACGACUGAUGCGCAAGAGUUGUAGCGGCUGCUCCAACUCCCUGCUCACCUUCUUCUGUGAGCAGUAGAAGAACUUGCCAGAGUGCAUGGUUUAACUUCAUCAAAACUCUGGCCUUCCUUUUGUUCUUUUGUGCUGUCACAUGACUAACACAAAUUUCCAGAGAAUUAACAUUUUGAACUUAGCUGUAAUUCUCAAGUGAUUUCCCCCCCCCCUCUACUAACGUUUGACUCCCCCACGUGGCGUGUUUUCUGAGCAUCCCUGCUUUGAAGCAUGGAGCACACAGGUGAUUUGGAGAGUGUAAGCAGAUCUGAGCAAACGAGCCUGUUUCAGAACAUUGUCACUGUGACUUUCUGGAAGCUUAACAAAACUAACCCUCCUGUCCUUGUUCAUUUUUUAAAAUUGUGUUUUAAUUAAUAGUAAAAAUAGUUUAUGGGUUUGGAAACUUGCAUGACAAUAUUUGAGCCUCCUCAGACGUCCCUGCAGUUUUGAGAUCCAUCAUAUAAAAGAGACAAAAACUCAAGAGGGGCAGCUGUGCAGGCACAGACAGGGCUGUCAUCAACAAGAAUAUGACAUAUUAAAACCGUGACAAGUUGAAUCCCUUGUGACAUAGUUGUCUGCUCUUUGUCUGUGUUCAAGAAAACCACAAAGUCCCUUUUCUUGUGAUUCUUAGAACUUUCCCUCAAGAGUUUAGCUGGGUCUCGGGGGCUGUUGGGGGUCAUCAUCCUCCCCAGGCAGGACUGGUUUUCCACCUCCUGCUUCUCUGAAACACAGGAUACCUACUUAACUGUAUUGUCCAUUAUAUUACAUAUAUAAAGAGACGAUAUCAAGGUAAACAUGUAAUGAAAAUACAUAUCAUAUAUUACUGUAGCAGUGGUUGUAGAUGCCGCCAGCUCACUUCCACACUGUCAUUAGCUCUUUCCAUCUAACGUUUCAGUGUAUCCUUACAAAAAUAAAAGCAGCAUAGAAAGAA